AUGGAUCGACCACUCAACCUCCAAACAGCCCUCUCCCUUGGAUAUGUCGGUUCCAUGAUCGCUGCCGCCCACCUUUCCUCCCAUCUCCUCCUACCUCCCACCUCUUGGCGCAAAACCCGACUGGCCUACCUCUGGCUAGCAUUCGACGCCAUUUGCCAUCUAACGCUCGAAGCAUCCUUCCUCUACCUCUCUACCCAACCCCGCACCGUAAACGCUUCGCCGUCCUUCUUUGGGUAUCUGUGGCAGGAGUACGCAGCAGCAGGCAAGAGAUGGGGAAGCGCAGACCCGGCCCUAGUAGCGAUCGGGUUCAUCAGUGUGCUCAUUGCUGGUCCGUUGGCAGGGUAUUGCGCAUCGUUGUUGGCCAAGGGGGAUAAAACGCAUCAUUACUGGGUAGUGGUGUUGAGCGCGGAUGAGCUGUGUGGAGGAUGGGCGACGUUUGCACCUGGAUGGUUGGCUGGGAGUGGAGAACUGGAGACGGGAGAUUGGUUGUUGUUGCGGGUGUAUCUGGUGGUGAUGAAGAUGGUUUGGGUGGUGGUACCUUUGUGGUUGAUGGCGGAUAGUUAUGUGUUUGUUGCACAGAGUUUGAGCGAGAGUGGCGUGGUGGAUGCGACGAUGGGGACGGGGGUUGCGACUAGGAAGUCGCCCCGUAAAAGUAGUGCGGCAGCGAAGCAGCAGCAACAGACGGGGACAACUACAGAAGCAAUUACUUCUUCAAGAGGUAUUUCGGGUUCGGCAUACUUCUUAGUCCUAGCAGCGAUUUUCCUGUAUAUCAUGCCGAGUGGUGCUUCUGCUUCCUCAACCCCCACUUCGAGCGGAUACGAUCCAAAUGGAAGCACGAUCCUCUUUGCUCCUCGCAACAACACCACUUCUCCCUCGCUGCUGAGUACCCUCCGCGGUGUUCUCACCCCCAUCCUCCUCCCCCUAUUUCUCAUCACCUUCAGCAUCACAGUCGGAGCAGUGCAAGUAGCAGAUAAAGCCAUUCGUCGAGUCACUCGUAUCAACCGUACACGUCGUCGAAAACUGCUCUCCUCUCUCAACAUUUCCGAAAAGGAUUCGCCUAAACGGACCAUCAUCGGUUUCUUCCAUCCGUACUGUAACGCUGGUGGUGGAGGAGAACGGGUCCUAUACGAAGCUAUUUCUCUCCACCUCUCGCUAGAUCCUAAUGUAGUUGUUGUAAUCUACACAGGCGACUUUCCCGCAGCAAGCAAAGAGCAGAUUCUAACCAAAGCUUCGGCCAGGUUUGGGAUCAAUAUCGACUCGAACCGCAUCGCGCUCAUUCCUUUGGUCAGGAGAUGGAUGGUACAGGACACCGCUUGGAGUCGCUUUACACUUCUGGGUCAAAGCUAUGGAAGUGUUUGGUUGGCAUUCGAGGCCAUGUCACAGCUGGUUCCCGAUGUUUGGGUUGACACGAUGGGUUAUGCUUUCACCUAUCCCGUUGUCGGCCUGUUCGACCGUAAACUGCCGAUUGGUGCGUAUGUACACUACCCGGUGAUCAGCACAGACAUGCUGACCCGUGUGGCGAAACGCGAGGCUGGGUAUACCAACGAUGCCUCCACGGCAAACUCUCGUUUACGUUCCACGGUAAAGCUGAUUUACUAUAGAAUCUUUGCAUCGUUAUACUCGUGGGCGCUGGGUAGGGCGGAUAAAGUGGUUGCAAAUGGUAGUUGGACUCAAAAUCAUCUAAACCAACUCCUAGGCAGAAAGAAAGGAAAGGAGCAAGUCAGCGUCGUAUAUCCUCCCUGUGACACAUCGCAACUUUCCACCUACAGUCUGGAGCGGAGGAAAUGUACGAUUGUGAGUUUAGCUCAGUUUAGACCCGAGAAAGAACAUCCUACACAGCUUCGCAUCCUCGCCCACCUCAAAAGUACACAUCCGGAGCUGUUCGCGACCGAAAACAGCGGCAACUCCUCGCGCUCCGCACCUCCCGUCAAGCUUCUUAUCAUGGGUUCAAGCAGAAACACGGAGGAUGAAAGACGAAUCUCACUCCUCCGCUCCCUCUCGGCCAAUCUAGGCUUAGACAAGGACGUAGAAUUUAUCGUCAACGCCACUUGGUCUGCAGUUACGGAGAGACUAGGAGACGCAAGCGUCGGAUUAAGUACGAUGAAAGACGAACAUUUCGGGAUCAAUGUUGUGGAAUUUAUGGCUGCUGGAUUACUUACGCUUAGCCAUAAGAGUGCUGGUCCGUGGUUGGAUAUUGUUUUUCCCUCAAUCAACCAUCCGGUUGAUAGUGGUGGUGAGCGAUCCGCCGCGUCGCACAACGGCAGCGAAGAAGAUGGGCCGGGACAGAACGGAGAAGCUCCUAACGGCGAAAGCAAAAAUGGGCAAGAGAUGAUAGGUUUAGGCUACCAUGCGCAAAGUGUGGAAGAAUACUCCUCGAUUCUAGCGACAAUUUUUUCGCAAAGCCAAGCAGAAUUGAUGCCCGUUCGAGAAGCUGCUAGGAAGAGAGCACAAACCGUGUUUGGUCGAGAAGCUUUCGCUACUGCUUGGCAGAACGAGGUUUGGUCUGCACUCGAACUCAAACUCAACCGCAACCGCAACCGCAGUGAUGCAAGUAGAGAAAAAGCGGAGUGA